UUUCUCCACCGGCAUUGGUUGCCGAGCUUCAUGACGGUCGUCAAGGAUGCCGGCUCAUCCCGAUGGCAACUGGAUGUGCAGGACCUCCAGAAGUGCCAAGUGCCCUGGUGGGUCUGGCAGCUGGAGGUGGAGCCCGGAGAUCCGGUGCCGGUGGCGAUUGGCCGCAACGAGGUGUCGUUGGGGGCUUCCCGCACGCUGGAAGCCCACCGCGAGGAGCCGCUGUGCCGGUACCUGCCGCUGCGGCCCUAUGAGGUCUCACAGCUCAGUAUGGUGACCUUCCUGGUGGGCUUUGUUGUGGUGCUGCGCACUGGCGUACCGUCGCUGGUGGCUGCACUUGCUUUGAGCUUCAUCCCGAUUUGCCGGAUCUGUCCUGAGCUUCCUUUAUUGCGGAGUUGGCCGAGAGG